CCCCUCAAGGCCUGGCCAAUGGGAGGAGCAGUGCUGCAAUCUGGGCUUCUUCCUUCCUGCUUCGGGCGUGACUCCGGAUCGAGGAAGAAGAAGAAGAAGGAUGGCCUUGGCCGCUGCUGGGCAGGAAGUUCUCCUUUGGGUCGGAGGAGGAAGAGGAAGGGCCGGAUCCCUGCUGCUGCCAGAGGCGCGGCCUCAUCCUCCUCCUCCUCCUCCUCCCUUUCCUGUCAUUCAAGCUGCAGCAAAAGCAGAAACACAAGCAGCAGCAGCAGAAUCAGCUUGCAGGCAGACAUGGCUCCCGGGCUGUUCUCCUGCUUCAUGGGUUUCCUCUUAUUCUUGACCAGCACAACAGCCCCGCAAGGUGUCGCUGUGCUCCGAGGGUGGAGUGACCGCUGGGGGUGGAGUGACCGCCGGGGCUCCUGGCCGGUGAGGCCGAGGGUCAUUUGGGACGGCCGGAGCGUUUUCCUGCAGGAAGCCAAGCUGUCCCAGGAAGGCUUCCCUCCCCGCCUGCGCCUGGCCCUGGACCUGGAGGGAGAGCGCCUGCACCUGGACCUGGACCAGAACAGGGUCGGAGCCCAAGGCCUCACCUAUGACCUUUCGGACGGAUCCAGGAUGGACACACAUUUGGCUGGAGAAGAGGGCAAGUGUUGCUACCAAGGUGCCAUCCAAGGCUACCUGGGCUCUUGGGCCAACGUCUGCCUUUGCUCCGGUUUAAGGGGCCUGCUGGUGGUCUCCAAGGGGAGGAGUUACUCCCUUGAGCCUUUGGAGGACGAGGACGGGACUCUGGCCACGAGGCUGGAGGCGGUCAAGUCGGGCGGACGCUUGUCGAACCCGGAACCCGGUCCGGCUCUUCUCCGGAGGGCCAAGCGAGGCACGGAGGAGGAGGAGGAGGCCGGGGUCGGCAUUGGCGUGGUGGAGCUGGUGAUGGUGGCCGACCAGGCAGAGUACAAUUUGAACGGGGACCUCAAUCGAACCCGCCUCCGGAUGGUUGAGAUUGCCAACUACAUGGAUGGGUUUUUCCGCUCUCUGGGCCUGAGGGUCUCUCUGGUGGGCCUGGAGAUCUGGGCCGACCGGGACCGCGUGGUGACGGAGGGGUCUCCUCGGGAGGUGCUGCAGCGCUUCUUGCGAUGGACGGAGGGGGAGCUGCUCCCACGCACACCCCACGACACCGCACAGCUCCUCCUGGGCUCCCCGUUCUCGGGCGGUGCCUUUGGGGCCUCCGUCCAGGGGUCCAUCUGCUCCAGGGCCUCCGGAGGGGUCAAUCGGGACCACUCGGUCAGCCCGCUGGUGAUGGCCUCCACCGUCUCCCACCAGCUGGGCCACAGCCUGGGCUUCGGCCACGACGGACCCCAGUGCGGCUGCGACGGGUCCAGCCCCAACCUGCCCCCCGGGCGCAGCUGCAUCAUGGAGCCCCCCACAGGGGUCAUGCCGGGUCUGACCUUCAGCCGCUGCACCCUCCAGCAAGCGCAAGGCCUUCUGUCCAGCGACCGGGCCUGGUGCCUGCGGGAUGCCCCGGAUCCGGCCCAAACGGAGGGUGGCCGCUGCGGGAACCGACUCCUGGAGGCCGGGGAGGAAUGUGACUGUGGGCUCCGGCUGGAAUGCGAGGACCCCUGUUGCAACGCCAGCACCUGCCGCCUGGCGCCGGGAGCCCAGUGCGCCUCCGGAGGGGCAUGCUGCCACCAGUGCAAGCUGCGCAGCGCUGGCGCCGUCUGCCGGGCCCCCCGAGGCGAGUGUGACCUCCCCGAAUUCUGCGACGGGUCCUCCCCCCGCUGCCCCCGGAACGCCCACCUGGAGGACGGGACGCCCUGCGACGGCGGGCAGGCCCUCUGCCAAGGCGGGUUCUGCCCAUCCCGACUCAGGCAGUGCCAGGAGCAGUGGGGGGCCGGUGCCGUCCCCGUCUCCGACCCUUGUGCGGCCUCUCUGAACGGUCAAGGGGACGCCCAGGGCCACUGCGGCCAGCAGGACAACGGCUCCUACAUCGCAUGCGACAAGAGGGAUGCGCAGUGCGGGCGGCUGCAGUGCCAAGACGGGAGCCACGGUGCUGGAAAGCGGACUGGGACCCCCGGGACCCCGUCCUGUCCGCACUUCCUGUUGACCCAGUUCGACGACGCCCUUGACCUGGCCCUGGUGCAGACCGGCACGAGCUGCGGACCGGGAAAGGUCUGCCUGGAUCGCCGGUGCCGGGACCUGUCGUCCGUGGAGGCCCCGUCUUGCCAGUGCAGCGGCCGUGGGGUCUGCAACAACUACGGCCACUGCCAUUGCCAUCCGGGCUGGGCCCCUCCGGAUUGCCAAAGCGGCGGGAACGGGGGCAGCCUGGACAGCGGACCCCCCGCCCCGGAGCAAGCCGGAUCGGGGGUCUCCACGGCCCUCCUGCUGAGCGCCCUCUUCCUCCUGCUCUUCGCCCUCGGCUUCUGCCUCGCCAAGCGCAUCGGGAUCCACAAGCGCCUCUGCCGGAUCGGGAAGGGAUCCACCUGCCACUACAGGAUCACGCAGCCCGAACCCCGGAGUUACAGCCACGCCCCCCCAGAGAGGCCACGCCCCCCCAUCCGGAGGCAAGACCCGGACCUCCAGGUGAUGCCGAGUGCCUCCCAGCAACUCCUUGGUUCCUCGCGGCCUGACCCGCCGUCCAAGCCGCUUCCGCCCGACCCGAUCCCAAAGGGUCCGCAGGCCUCCAUCGGGGUCCAAGAGCGGCCCGAGCCUCCCAGCCGGCCGCUGCCCGCUGACCCUUUGCCCAAAGAGGCCCAGGCCUGCGGUCCAGACAAGACGCCUCCACCCCGGAAGCCACUGCCGCCGGACCCUCCUCUGCGGACGGAGCCCUGCGGACCCUUCACCGCUGGACAAGAGCCCCCCGCACACAGGCUGCCCUCCAGACCGGCUCCGCCUCCGCCUCCGUCUUCGGUCCAUUUCUUCCAGGUCUGAGGAUUGACUUGCAUUGGUCAAGAAGGCCGGAGGAUGGAUGACCUUCCGUGGCCUUGGCUGGACUUUGCAGCGGUCAAGGACUGACCACGAGGAUUUUGCACUGGAAAAACGAAUGUGUGGGUUGUGCACAAUUGUGCACAAGCAAUAGAAAGGGAUUGUGCAAUUGGGCACAAGGGGUUGAUUGUGCACAGUUGUGCACAAUGGAUAUAUAUAUAUAGAGAGAGAUAUAUAUUUGUGUGUUUACGUGUUUGUUUGUUUGUGUGCGUUGCGCUCAGAGAAUAUAUCGGGGAAGCCCUUUCCCCAAAGGCAUUCUA